CAGAAGAGAUUCAGAGGAGCCCGGGCGGGGGGGAGGAGGAGGGGGAGGAGGGAGCGGAGAUCUCGGGGCUCCGAGCCGGCCGCCGCUCCGCUCCGAUCGCUGUGGGGCUCGGUUUUUGGGGGUGGGGGGCGGGGGGGCUCAGAUAUGGAGGCAAAUGGGAGCCAAGGCACCUCGGGCAGCGCCAACGACUCCCAGCACGACCCGGGUAAAAUGUUUAUCGGUGGACUGAGCUGGCAGACCUCACCAGAUAGCCUUAGAGACUAUUUUAGCAAAUUUGGAGAAAUUAGAGAAUGUAUGGUCAUGAGAGAUCCCACUACGAAACGCUCCAGAGGCUUCGGUUUCGUCACGUUCGCAGACCCAGCAAGUGUAGAUAAAGUAUUAGGUCAGCCCCACCAUGAGUUAGAUUCCAAGACGAUUGACCCCAAAGUUGCAUUUCCUCGUCGAGCGCAACCCAAGAUGGUCACAAGAACAAAGAAAAUAUUUGUAGGCGGAUUAUCUGCGAACACGGUAGUGGAAGAUGUAAAGCAAUAUUUCGAGCAGUUUGGCAAGGUGGAGGAUGCGAUGCUGAUGUUUGAUAAAACUACCAACAGGCACAGAGGGUUUGGCUUUGUCACUUUUGAGAGUGAAGAUGUUGUGGAGAAAGUCUGUGAGAUUCAUUUCCAUGAAAUCAAUAAUAAAAUGGUAGAAUGUAAGAAAGCUCAGCCGAAAGAAGUCAUGUUCCCACCUGGGACGAGAGGCCGGGCCCGGGGACUGCCUUACACCAUGGAUGCGUUCAUGCUGGGCAUGGGGAUGCUGGGCUACCCCAACUUUGUGGCAACCUAUGGCCGAGGCUACCCCGGAUUUGCUCCUAGCUAUGGCUAUCAGUUCCCAGCCCUAUUACCAUAUUUAAAUGCAAGCUUCCCAGCAGCAGCGUAUGGACCAGUGGCGGCGGCAGCAGUGGCAGCAGCGAGAGGAUCAGUCCUGAAUAGCUACAGUGCUCAACCGAAUUUUGGCGCGCCCGCUUCCCCGGCAGGCUCCAACCCGGCGCGGCCCGGAGGCUUCCCGGGGGCCAACAGCCCAGGACCUGUCGCCGAUCUCUACGGCCCUGCCAGCCAGGACUCCGGAGUGGGGAAUUACAUAAGCGCGGCCAGCCCACAGCCGGGCUCAGGCUUCGGCCAUGGCAUAGCUAGCAUACCUGGAUGUCCAGGCAAGACUGGGCGAAGUUUCUGAGCGGCCCUUUGUUUAGGUGAUGUCCUCAGACCUCUGGACCCCUACCAGCCUCACUCCCCAUCCCAACCAGAGAUGGCUCACUUCGGAUCGAGGGUUGACUACAUCUCAUCAUCUCACAAAUCUGCUGUAAUAUAAGACAAAACAGCUUUUAAAUGUGUAUAUAACCCAUGAUUUUGGUUUGGUUUGGUUUUGUUUUUCUUGAUGGUUUCCCAUCUCCUUCUCUCUUUCCCUUCUCCUUUUAAAUCUCUUUGAAUCACAUUUAGUAGUGAUUUUAACUUAGUCCAGUAGUCACAUAGCUUUAAUAUCUAGUUCAAAGCUAACCAUAGUAUAAUUGUUAUAUUAAGGAGUUAUUUUUUCUUUAAAAAAAAAAACUUUUUUUUUUUUUUUUUGUGCUUGUUUUGAUUCUGUUCUCACUUUUAAAGGAUGCUGAGAUGGUAAUAUUACUCUCAAUAUUUUGGUACCGAUUCUGAGACUGUAUGAAUUUUCAGGUGGAACUUUAGCACACACUGAAGUGACAUUGUGAAGUGCGGGGUGGGAGGUAGGCAUACGCUUUCUCUUUUGCAUUGUAGAAGAAGUGCGAUGUCGUAGGCUAAUUAACAGACUCUCUAGCGGUUCCUUUUUUGGUGAUGUCUCUUUGUUAACUUGAGUAUAUCUAUUUUCGGCAAUAAGGUAAGGACGACAGUGUUUUGCGCGUCCUCCUUUUCUAUAAGUGCUUUUUUUCUGUUGAAAGAGGUGAUAUUAUAAGGUUUUUUGAAAUUGUGAAUUCUAAAAAAAAAAAAAAAGAAAUGUUGUAAAUACAAUUCCAUUAACUACAUAGAAACUAUUAAGAAAGAGAGAAUCAAAAAAUAUUUUUGUGAGGGAGUCGGUCCCGGGCAGUUUGAUGCUCUGUGGAAGGAGGAGAGAAGGGAAUGGUGGCGAAGUCAGCUACUGAGAUGAGGAACACCCAGCUGCCAGGACGACCCCAGGACAAGUUAGAGCACCGUUUCGCUCCUUUGUCUGUGUGAUAGACCUAAGAACUGUAUUAGUGUCGUACCAGCCUAUUAACCUCUCGUCUGUGCACAGCUUCAAAUGUUACUGUCUAGUUAGAUUUUUAUUUAAAAAUAUGAAAAACUGCUUUUCCCAAGACGUUUUUUAAAAACAAAGCUACAAUUUUAAUAUUUAACAUAUUUAAAGUUUCAAAGCACACCUGUUUGGCUUGGGGGGGGUGGGGGGGACAUUCUUUUUCAGUCUUAAUUUUUAAAUAUUUGAUCAUUUUCUAUUGUCCAAUCAUUUCAGCACCUCCAAAGGUCCUUAGGACACUUUGCCUCUCUUUUCCCCCCCUCUGCCCCCCCCCCACCUUGCUCCCAGAUCUGGGGGCCCACGGGCCAGGAGCGGAUAAGCCUGCUUUAAUACACGUACAACUUUUCUCCAUUCACUUUCUAUUUACAAAUUAGGAAAGCAACCUUUUGGUUUAUAUAUUUUUUUUAAUACCUCAGUGCUGCAAGUAUCACCAGAGAGGCUAUGGAAGAAUUUUUUUUUUUUUAAUUUAUUGUAGAUGUAAACAGAAUUUUAAAAGUAAAAAAUAUAAACAUCACUGCACUGUGACUGGUGGGAAAAACUGACAGUUUCCUGUUUGCACAUGUUUAAACAUUUGGCUGUUAUAAUAUAUGGUCCUCGGUUGGGGAAAGAUACUUAUGAUGAAGGAUAUUUUUUAAUUUAACUUUUUUUUUAAAUAUUGGUAAUAGGUCGGCAACAGCAACUAUAGAAGUACAACUCAAUAGAUGGCAUUAAAACAUACUGUAGUGUGGAUAUAUAUUUUUUUCUUUUUUAAAAUGUGAUAUUGACGUUUUAUUAAUAUUUUUUAAAUUGUUACGUUUAUAAAUUUGGUACUUUAAGGCACAGCCAGUAUGAGACACUGAAUGCGACAUUUAUUAUAAAGAGCUGCUGCACUCCUAUUUUUAUAAAUUUUACUAACAAAGUAGACUAAUGUAGACAUUCACAGACGUGGUAGGGCAAAAGCAUCUUCACACUAAAGACUUCAAAAAGCUAACUCAGAAAGAAAGAAAAAAAGCCUUUUUCAAUUCUGAUUAAACAGCAACAACAUUUUUUUAAAUAAAAAAAAUUAUGUUCUCUGGUUUUUUUUUUUUUGUUUUUUUUUUCAAUAAAAUGUUAGGUUGUUUGGUGAGGAGUUUUGUUAUUUUUUUCCUCUCUCUCUUUUUUUUUUUUUUUUUAUUUCCAAACAACCAGGUUAAGUAAAAUGCUGGGCGCUUUUAAAAUAUCAAAACUUGUUCAAAUAAUAAAAUAACAAAAUAGAAGUUUUAUGUAAAAGCAAAAAACAAAAUAAAAAAAAAAAGAGAGACAGUAAAUUCCCAUAAAUUCAGUGUCUAGAGUAGGGGAUUUUAAUUACUAUUUUGUCCACAUUGGUGUGUACUGUGUUUCCCUUCCUUUUCUCUGCACCCUCAUCACCUCUUAGAAGAUUCUUUGUUGAUCAUUGUAUGUUAAUAAUGUAUAAAAUGGCUAUCUCGUAAGCGUGCUGUCCUGGUACUAGUCUAGUGACUUUUUUUCUCCUCUUUCUUCUAGUACAUAUUGAUAGGUAUAACAUAAUUAAGGUUUAAAAAAAAUUUAGACAUAGUUAUUCAGAUUUAGGACCAGUAAGGAUAGAACUUUCUCUUAUUUAUGAAAAAAAAAAAGCUAAUAAUUUCGGGGCAGUUUUUUCCUUUAUUUUAUUUUAUUUUAUUUUUUCCAAUUUCAAGUUUAAUUUUCUUUUUGCUGAUCUGAUGUGGUUUCAACUAACCCAAGGUCUCACGAUGUUCCAAUGCCGGCAGACUGCACGGCGUUUUGUAGAUCCCCAUCCCCCCACUGUGAAGGGGUGUGCCAUACUACCUUAAAUGCUGAUGCUAGAUAUGCAAAACUGGAUUUUUUUAAUUUAUUUUUUAAAAGAGGGAGGCAUGGUAUAUUAAAAUGAUUUUACUAAGAGAAAAAAUAUUUUUUUAAGAAUGCUCAGAAGAAAUUGAUAAUCUGUGUGAAUAUGUUUUAGAUGUUUAUAUACCUUUUGAAGAGACCCAGUAGCCCAUAGCACAAAUCUCGUGGAAAUCCGAUAUGUUUUAAUGUGGCUACCUAGGUUAAGGUUCACGUUAGUCCCCCCCAUCCAUCUAGAAGUCCAUUUUGAAAGAUUUUUAUAAAUUCUUUUAGCACUGAUGUUCAGCCUUGUCUUUGUUUCAGUUGAGCUCAAUGGCGAACAUGGGAACCACCUUUCGCCUUCCCUGGGGGAGAAACCCUCUUGGCUGAUGGCUUUUCCCCGGAAUUAUCAAAUAGCCACCGGGUGACUUUCUGGCUUCCAGAUCCAUCUGCCUGAGAUCCCCCCAACUCCUCUCCUCCCAAGCAGAGGAGAGUGAGUGGCAUUAGCUCCUGGCCCCAUGCCUGCUUCUACCUGGACAUGGGGCUGAUGGAGUUGACCAAGCCUUUGGUCUGCUCUCCGGGAGCUUCCGCAGACUUGGUUUGUGGCCUUCCUUUACACCCAUUGGGAAAACCAAACAGCCUCGUGCUCUAUCCCAGUCGCUCAUUGGCUUGAUUCAAACGAAGCCCCAAUAGGCCUUUGCGUUUUUAUCCUUCAUAACCUUCAUCUUAAUUUGAACUCGUAGCUUGGACUUUAAGGUAGCAUGGCUCUAUUGCUGUCAAUUUACUGUUUCACUGCACAGCAAUCACAGCCAGUGAAUGUUACACACAUCUUGCUAGACUAGUAUAAAAAUUCAUUGGGUAAUUGUUGGUUCUAAUGACCUGAAAGGUGUUCAGUUUUUGUUUUUGGCUUUGUU